AUGAAGAUAUUGAAGAUAAUGAAUGUUCUAUCACUCAAGGUUAUUCUCUCUUCCAGUUCUUUUCCCCGCUAUGGUUCCUUCUUCUCUUCUCUAUGGCUCUACCUCGGCUCCGACGCCGAUGGAUUCACCCUCUCCUCUCUCAUGUCAUCUAUCGUCAAUGUCAUUGAGCAGUUCCACUCCCUCACCAUGGCCUUAGGUCUUGAGUACUCCUAUGUCUUUGUUAACAACACCCUCAACAGCAGCUACAGUAAAGGUGACUUUUUGGUCGAAGUUGAGCCAGUUUUUGAUGAGAUGUUUUGUAAAAGGGAUGUUGUUUCUUGGAAUUGCAUGAUUGCAGCGUUUGGACAACACCGACAGGGACUAAAAGCCUUAACUUAUUUCAGAGGGGAGGCGAUCUGCCGUGACCAGCGUUCGUCGCUGUGUGAGCGGCGUGUGUGGCUUGAGCGGUGUGCGACGUGGGCAGUGGCGGAGAAAUCGUAUAAUCUACAGUUCAAGCUCGCCAACAUGCUCGCAACAUUCAUGGGCAGGAAGGAUUCAGUCGGUGGUGCACAGUUCCAUAUAGUUGAUGCGAUGAAGGUCUUCAAGGAGGUUGAUGAUCCUGAUUUAGUCAUGUGGAACACGGUGAUCUCAGGGAAGGUUGAUGAAGGAUGGGAGUAUUUUGAUUCUAUGAGGCAAAAGUAUGAUAUUGAACCCGAAGAAGAACAUUAUUCAUACAUGGUUUAUCUCUUGGCUUACAUCGUGAAGAGCCCUGGAGAUGACGACAAGAUCAAAAUAUUUGGUGAUCCAAUUUAUGAUGACGAAGAGGAUGAGAACGAAGGACACGGUUACAAGCUCUACUUCACCAACUUGCUUAAGUUCUAUUUUGGGAUAUUUCUACUACUGCUAGUUGUUCAAUCAGACACCGAAGCAACCUUCCAACUUGCUACAACACUCCUCCCCGCCUUUGCAACUGCCAACGGUGGCACCUACGCUUCACCGACAUGGACUAAAAGCCUUAACUUGUUUCAGGUAUUGGUGAAGAAAUGCUUCAAGAUCGACAUGUUGAAGGUCGCCAACAUGUUCACAACAUGCAUGGUCAUGAAGGAUUCAGUCGACGGUGCACAGUUCCAUGUACAUAUGACCAAGAAUGAUUUUGCAAGAAAAUCUCAUUUUGACAGUGACUUGAUUGACUUGUACUUGAAGGUUAGCUGGACAGUCGAUGCGAUGAAGGUCUUCAAGGAGGUUGAUGAUCAUGAUUUGGUCGUGUGGAACACAAUGAUCUCAGGGUACUUGCUCAAUGAUGAAUUCUCAGAGCAAGGCCUUAAAUGUUGCUGUGAUACGUAG